AUGGGCGAUGAUCUUGCCGUUGUCUCGGCGAGCCUGUUCGACGAGAUGCAGGUUAGGCUCUUCGAUUCGAUGAGUCGGCUCCAGCAGUUGCGUAUCGACACGCCUCAGCUCGUCGUGGUCGGCUCGCAGAGCAGUGGCAAGAGCUCCGUCCUCGAAGCCCUGGUCAGAUUCCACUUCCCAGUGGAUGGUGCCAAACCCACCACGAGGUUCCCCAUCAAACUGGUUUUGCGGAAGGCCGACGAAGAGAUGACCCGGGUCCGGAUUGAGCUGCAGAGUGAAACGUCGCGUUCCGAAGCAGAGAAAUUGCGCCUUCGCCGCUUGGCUGAAGAUCUCUCUGGUGACCGCUUCGAUCGCAUCAUCGAGAAGGCCAAGGCCAACCUCUGUGUGGCUUCCCCGGACACCCCAGGCGAAGCUGGUGACAAGGUGCGGACAUUUUGCGACGACGUCUUGGUCAUUGAGCGGUAUGGCCCGUUGCUGCCUAAACUGGACCUCGUCGACCUCCCCGGACUUUUCGACGCGGAGAGCACAGGGCAGACCCUAGAGGAUGCAAAAAUGGUCAGAGACAUGGUGUGCAGAUACAUCAAGUCACCGAUGAACAUCAUCCUGCUCGUUGUCUCGGCCGAACACGACUAUUCCAAUGUCCGUGGCCUGGGGACCCUCCAAUGGAUGCGGAAGGAAGACCCCACCCUCGAGAAGAGAGUUGUCUGCGUCAUUACGCGCCCAGACAAGACCGGUCUCCUACAAGAGACCCUGAGAGUCCUUGGCAAGCAGAAUCCGUUUGCCCAGUCUUUCGCUCGUCCAUGGCACGUCCUCCGCAACCAAGACCAGGAGGCGAGGAGGAAGCACCAGGCCCUUGAUGAAAGGGACCGCAUUGAGCAGCAGUUCUUCCGCCAGAAGGACUGGGAGGCCGUGCCCCCAAGUCAAAAAGGAAUCGGUGCCCUCCGAGAGACUCUUAAGUCUAUGAUCUGGACCCACACACGAGAUCAACUCCCUGAGGUCAUCUCCAUGGUCAAGGCUGAGAUCAAGGGAGCCGAGGAUCAGCUGCGUUCUGCCUUUGAUGCGAGAGCAACGCCCGAGGCCCGUCGAAACUAUCUGAGCGGUGUCGCCGAAAUGUUUGCCCUUUUGACCAGGGAGGCAGUCCAGGGUACCUUCAAGAACAAAAGAUGCGAGAAGGACCACAGAAUCGACGAGCCGUGCCGAGAAUGCAACGGCUUUUUUGCCCCAUACGGGGACAACACGUUGGAAAGCCAGCAAAAGCGACUGCGGGCAAACGUCCGAGCUCUGAACCGAGCGUUCGCGGCGGCCAUGCGCCAAUACGGCAGGACGACGAUUGAAAUUGGAGACGGGGGAGCGCCCACAGGGACAAACCAGCCGCUGGACCAGCUGUGGCAGCAAGACGGCGACGGAGAGAUGGCUUCCCAACUGCACCGCCACGCUCAGUAUUAUGUCCAUGACAAGCCCGAGACCAAGAGCCGGAAGGAGUAUGAAAAAUGGGUUUGCGCCAACACAGACCGCUGGAAGUCGCUGGAGCCCGGGAGAGAGGCGAGCGACGGCGCUUACUGGGGACUGUUCGCGUACCAAGCGGCGAAGUGGAAAAGAAUUGCGACCCAGCAUGUGAAGGCGGUCUGGCUGGUGGUGGAGGAGUUCAUUGAACUUGCAUUGGCGGCUUCGUGUCAGGACAAAGACGUUCUCGACGCAUUGCGGCGCGAACUCGUGGACAUAAACCUCAACGACGUUCAAGUGAAAGCCGACCGCACCUUGCGCGACCUCGUCAGCUGCCACGGCGAGGCCAACCCGGGCUUUUACGACAGCCUUGCCGACGCCCGUGCAAUGCGCGAGCACGCCGAAGCAUUCCUCCAGCGGCUGGCCAUGAUAAGCCCGGAUCGAGAGGCGAUAUUGACCCUUGCGCUGGAGAAUGCCAUCGGCAUACUCGGCAACGGCUACCCUAUCCUCAGCAACCCCCUGGUUCGGAAGUCAGUCGUUCCCAUCAUAGCUCACCACAUCUCCGCGGCAUUUGAGCCGAACAGCGACUCCGGCACCAAAGAAAAGCCGAAGCGCACCGAGACAAACGCACAAAAAGGGGUCCACAGCCUGUUUCCUGUCGAUUCCGGGACCCUCAUCCCAGCCAAUGUCAUCAGCCAGGUGGAAAUGCAUUAUGAGGCAAUCCAAACCUCUUUCGUAGGCUACGUGGCCUCCCUCGUCGUCGAGCAGAGGAUCAUGGGGCAGCUCCCCGAGGCUAUCCUCACCGAGAAGAUCGUCCGAGACAUGAAGAAGGAGAAAGUCGACAAGAUUGCCGGUGAAAGGCCGCAAGAUGCAGAGAAACGCAAGAGAGUCGAGGGGGACUUGAAGACUAUGCGCGAGGUGCUGCAGGCGAUCGAGGAGUACCGGAGGGCAAGCUGGCCCGCCACUGGCACGCCUUGA